AUGGAUGAGCCAGGCUCCUGCUCGGAUUUCACGCAGGAACUGAUUACCACCUCCGCAACCUCUCAGCCAGGCCUUACUUCCAUGCUCGAGCUGCCCUAUCCCUCCUCCUUCAAUCUCACCGAUGACACCCAAGAUCGGAAACUGAUUCAUCACUUUUGCACUGUUCUAUCACAUCUCAUUGUUUUCACGGAGGAGCCGGACAACUCAUUCCAAGAGCUCAUUCUCCCACUUGCUUCCGAGAACUCCGCUGUCUUGCACGCCAUGUGUGCUUUUUCCAAGGGACACCUUGAGUAUAUGGGCGUACAGGACUCCAAGCAUUCAUCCAACUUCCGCGUUCUGGCAGCGGAGGGCGUCUUCAGUCUCGUGCAGCAGAAUUGCCGCUACGAGGAAGUACUGGCAGCGACCAUGUUGCUCGUGUAUUACGAAUCGCUCACCCUCACUGGGUCCUCAAACAUGGUACUUGAGCACCUUCGGAGUGCAUUUGUUGUUCUGAGCUCCAUGCCCAAGUCGGCAAAGAGCCAGAGCGUCAAGUUCCUCGAAAAGGCAUUUCAAUUUUACGACGUCAUUGCGGCCUUGUCACUCGCUGCCAGCCCAGUAUCGGCCACGCCUGACUCAGACCACGAGUAUCCCCUAGGUUUGCCAUCUCCGAAGUUGACUCGGACGACCUUUGGAGACCCUCUUCUAGGCAUGACUGGAGAUCUCUGGCCUAUUCUGUAUCGGCUCAGCUCUCUCAAAGCCCUGAAGGGCGACUUGGAAUCCGCCGUAACCGCAGAUCAACAAUCAAAGGUCUCGGUGCUACGCACGGAGUACGAAGCAACAUCCAGAGCAAUUGAGAACGCCUUGCAGGAGUGGGUACCACCAAUACUGCCAAAGAACAUCACCACGCCGUUUGAGACACAGGCAGGCGCACAAGAUUCUCUACAGGCGAUGGUGCACAACUCGCUGGCGUAUCGCCAUAGCGCACUGGUGUACUUGAACCGUUCUAUCUACGGAUACCCAGUCAACCAUCCGGCUGUCCAAACGAACUGCUAUCUAGCACUUAAGAGCUGUGUGGCAGUGAUCUCUUCUGGCGGACCAGUGAAUGCCCUUCUCUGGCCGCUGUUUGUGGCUGCUUGUGAGGCCAUCACGGACCACGACCGUGGCCUUGCCAGAUAUGCCUUCAUGGAAAUUGAGAGAAGGCAAGGCAUGAUAAACAUUGAGAGAGCUCGCGCCAUCGUCCUUCAUCAAUGGGCCUCAGUGAGCAUGGACAACGUGAAUGACACCUGUAGUGGGCGGGUAGACACUUGGAGGGAAAUCGCAGGAGGGAUGGGGUUCACCAUCAUAUUCGGCUAA